AUGGAAACAUCAAGCAUAGAGAGGCGUGGUAAGAUGGACAGGGGUGUAGAGACAUCAAAGGGUGGUUGUAGUGAUUCAGGGUAUCUGGGUGGUUGUGAAAGGUCGAGUCACAGGGCACCGGCAACAGAGAGUGGGCAUAUGUCGGUCGAACAUAUGGUUAGUCAAAGUAGUGAUGAUAAUGGUGUUGACAUGAUUGCACCGAGGAAAGAAGAUGUUAUGGGGAAAGAGUUUAAAACGAUAGAAUUAGCGGAAGAAUAUUAUAUGAGUUAUGCAAAGGGCAUUGGAUUUAGCGUGAGAAAAGACAAAUUGGUUCGAAAUUCGGAAGGGAAAGUAUGUAGGAGACGGUGGUGUUGUUCUAAAGAAGGUUUGAGAAAUGAGAAGUUUAAUGAUCGAUCAGAUAGAAUUCGACCACCAAAGGCAAUUACAAGAGAGAAUUGUUCUGCCCAUUUUUGGGUGGGUUAUGAGAAGAAACGUGAUGUUUACGUCGUUAGGAAUUUUGAACCACAUCACAAUCAUCAACUAGUUACUCCACUUGAAUCGCCAUAUCUCCAAUGUAAUCGUGUCGUUAGAAAAUCCGAUUUAGCACAAGAAGUGGGAAUGCCAAGAGCAUUGUUUAGAACAUGUCAAACAUAUGAGUAUAUGAUGGACCAAUGUGGCGGGUAUUUAAUGUUGGUUUUCAAAUAA